UCGAGUGUUUGCCGAGUCAGAUGUUUAAUGAUUUUUUUUUUUGUGAAAGUGUGAAAUUGUCUGCUCUUUUCUCUGCAGGAAUAAAUGCACAGGAGACCUACGAUUGUGGGGUAGCUCCCCUAAACACACGCAUAGUGGGCGGCACAGACGCCCCUGCGGGUAACUGGCCUUGGCAGGUCAGUAUACAUUACAAUGGCAGACACAUCUGUGGGGGAACCCUGAUCAACAACCAGUGGGUGAUGUCGGCUGCUCACUGCAUUGUCUCGACUAACAUCAACAGAUGGACAUUGUACUUGGGAAGACAAACCCAGAGCACGUCUGUUGCCAACCCAAAUGAAGUGAGCGUUGGUAUUCAGUCCAUCAUCGUCCAUCCAAAGUACAACAACAGCCUUCUGAAUAAUGACAUCUCCCUGAUGAAACUGAGUCAACCAGUGACCUUCUCUCAAUACAUUCGUCCGGUCUGCCUGGCAUCUAAAGGAAGUGUCUUUCACAACGCCACAACUUGCUGGGCUACCGGCUGGGGAAACAUUGGCAAAGACCAGGCUUUGCCGGUUCCUAUGACACUGCAGGAGGUGGAAAUACCAGUUGUGGGCAACUCACAAUGUAGCUGCCAGUAUAGGAAUAUCGCUGGUAUUACAAUCACACCACAGAUGAUUUGUGCAGGGAGAACAGGCAAAGGAAUCUGUCAGGGAGAUUCUGGAGGACCGAUACAGUGCAAACAGGGUUCUGUGUGGGUCCAGGCUGGGAUCACGAGUUUCGGGACGAGCCUGGGCUGUGCCAUAAAGGAUUUCCCAGAGGUGUAUGCACGUGUCUCCGAGUUCAACACGUUUGUCACAGACAACAUACAGGGAGCCGCCAUUGGCCUUGUGACCUUUAAAUCCAACGGCACAGACGGCAGCUUCACAUGCUCAGCCACACUUCACUUCUCACUCUACUCUAGUUUUAUCAUUCUCUUCACUGCGCUCAUCUCAAACUUCCUCUCACAUUUAUUAGUCACUAGUCACUAACAACAGACCCAGACAUGCAUGCAGCUCUGAACUAACAGGUUAAAGGGGGAAAUGAAUGUGUGAGAGAGAAAAUACUGUGAAAAAAGUUUCUGGAACAACAUUUUCCCAGUUGGUAACGUCUACAAUGGGUCUGUUGAAGUGAAAUUCAUUAUUUAAGAUGACUGAUUAUAACUGAAUUCAACCAACCUGAAAAACAAGCAUAACUGUCAGUAGAUAGGCCUAUAACCUGAUUUCUCCUGUUAGGUAAAAUUACUUAUUAUUGUUAUGUGCUGGGCAGGUUUAUAAUCAGUAAAAUGGUCAGUCUGUGAUCUGAAACAGCGCAAAUACAGAACUUAAUUAAAUAGUUGAUAAAAUAAUUGUAAUAUUUAAAGGGGU